AUGGAUUCUAUCAUCCGUUCUCAUCGUCUUUCAACUGAAACUCUUCGUGCUGAAAAUGCUCGUUUACGCCUCAACGCUUCCAAUGCCCUUUCUGAAUUAAUGAUUAAUACUAGAAAUAAUUCCAUUUCAUCUCUUCAUCCUCUUCUUUCUAACCUUUCUGAGAUUCAGACUCUCAACAAACAACUCCAACUAAAUGCAGUCCAACUCUCUAAACAAACUAAACACUGGUCUCUUUCAAUAACAAAACUUCAAGAUACUCUUAAUGAACUUGGAAAUCUUGAAAUUGUGGGUCAAACUAUGGAAUCUCAACUUAAUGACAUUGACUCUGCUAUUCGCAAUCUCAUUCUUCUUAAAAUUUAA